ACAGAAUUAGGCAUACCUGAAUUUAAAAGAGAGCCCUACCCACAUAUAUUUGAUUAAAUUGAUAAAAAUGUUAUAAGCCAUUACUUUUAAGUAUGCCACUUAGAUGUGAAAUCAUUUAAAAAGGCCUUCAGGGUGUUGGUGGUUAAACACGAUUUCAGUGUUACUUUUAACACUCUGUAGUGUGCUUUAUAUAAACACUGAGCAGUGUUAAUUUAACACUGGGGAUUUUGCUGUGUAAAUUACAUAGACUUGAGGGAAACUAAAAUGGUUGGAGUAAUGGAAUUACAAAUGAUCAGCUUCAUUAGGUUAAGUAUAGAAGUUCAUAAAGUUGAUAGGGCCCCGAGAAAAUGCAUCCUGACCUUAUAAAAAGUUUAUUUAAUGAUGUUUUGUUAACAAAGUUCAGGAGCAGCGCAUUCAGAUAAUUAACCUAAUUAACACGAGAGGAGCAUUUUCAGUUAAUCAACUCAAUUAAUGAUAAGAGGUGUACAUAUACAGCAGACUUACAUCUGUUCAUUGAUAGUUUAUCAGCAUUCCUCCUCCACCCCAUCUCCUUAAUUCUAGUCCUAACUAUUCUUAUCACAACCAGGGGGAGUACUCUGGGUUCGGGCCAAAUUUCCGAGCUCAGAGCCCUCCUGCCAGACAGCACGCCAAAUAUGCCUAACCUUUACUCUAUCUAAUUAUAUGCAAGUGUGAACUCAUGAAAUGUGUGUUAAUAGACAGUUGAACUGGGGAACAUAUGACUCUUUUGUGCCAUAUAAAGCUGGGCAACAUAGGACACUGGGAACAUAGGUGUGCUCCCCUACAAUAGUCCACAGCACAGUUUCAUUCCUUAUCUUUUCUUUUUUUUUUCUUUUUUUUUUUUUUUUUAAUGCUGCAUUUGUGAUGACUUUUGAUUAUUAGUCACAAAAAUCCUAUAUUCAGAAAACACUUUCCACUAAAACACAGAAACUGAAACCCCAUGAUACAGUGACAGUGAGAUCUAUUCUUCAAUGGGAGUAACACAGAGACUCAUGGGAACACAACAGUGUUUUUAGAGACCAUGAUAUGUGUCAAGCUUUCAUUUCAGUUCAACAAGUAAAACAUAUAACACAUCUGAAAAAGUAAUCAAUUGUAUCUAUUUAGCAAUGUAAUGGGAAGAGCUCAGAUUAAUGAGUAUGUAUAGAUUUAAUAUCAUAUCAGGUUUACUGCAGUUAUAUAUGAAUUUCAUGGUGGUCAUACAAUGAAUUAUUCACUGUACUUCUGACUUGCUGAAGAUUCAAAUGUAGUUUUUUUUAUUUAUUUAUUUUUUUACUUUUUUAACUUGAUACUUUUUUUGCAUCACAGUCACAAUACAAAAAAGAUCAUUAAGGUACAGGUGUUUUUUGUUGUUGUUUGUUUUGUUUUGUUUUAUUGUCAUUAGCACUGCAGAAGUAAUGAAUUAGCUUCACACUACAGAGAUGAUAUUUGCUGGAACAGUAAAACAUAUGACAAUGCUGUAUAUUGAUGUUUUAAAAAGUGAAACUUGGUCAACUACUGUAUAAUUUAUCUUCUCAGAUUCAUCAGCUUCAUUUGUUUGAACAGAACACUGUGUGUGCAGAAUAGUUUUUCAGCAUGAAGGACCUUCCUGCACAAAAUAUCUCAUUCACUGAGUUCAAAUUAAUCGGUUUCUACAGUCUAGGAGAAUGGAGGCCUUUUUUAUUUAUCCCUUUCUUUUUGAUGUUUUUAUUGGCUAUCACAGCAAAUACUACUCUCAUAUAUUUAAUCAAAUCUCAAAAGUCUUUGCAUUCUCCUAUGUAUGUAUUAAUAGGCGUUAUGGCAGUGUUAGACUUGAUCAUGCCUAUAUUUUUUGUACCUAACAUGCUUCUUAGCUUUUUAUUUAACUGGAGUGGGAUAUCUCUGACAGGUUGUUUGAUACAAAUGUUUGGCCUUCAUUUUAUUGGGACAUUUCAGUCUACUUUGCUUUUUUGGAUGGCACUGGAUCGUUACUUUGCAAUAUGCAAACCACUUCAUUAUCAUAAAUACAUGGAAAUCUCUAACUUUCUAAAGUUUGUUGUUGUGCCAGUAAUAAGAAAUGGAGUCCUGAUUGUCACUAUGGUCUCUCUGGCUGGAAAACUGUCAUUUUGUGUAGCAAAUGUCAUCGAUCACUCUUUUUGUGAGCACAUGGCAUUGGUUCAGUUAGCAUGUGGAGAUAUAUCUGUUAAUAAUAUUGUAGGACUUUUGUGUGCUUUCCUUAUAACAACUACUGAUUUUAUUCUUAUUACUGUCUCUUAUAUUGUGAUUUUCUCUUCUGUGUUUAAAUCUGGUGAGACUCAUUUAAAGGCCAUUAAUACCUGCAUUACUCACAUUAUUAUUAUGACACUUAGUUUGAUUUCUGCUUUGAUUGCAUUUUUGUCAUACAGAAUAAGGAAUAACAUUUCAUCUAGCAACCGUAUAUUUAUAAGCAUCCUAUACCUAUUGUUCCCAAGUUGUCUACACCCACUAAUCUAUGGAUGGAGAACAAAAGAAAUAAGACAAACAUUUCAGAAGUUUAUAAAUACUGCAAAAGUGUUUCCUUUAAAAAACUGA